AUGUUUCCAUCUCAUAGUCAUCACUUGAAAGGCGAUGUUUGUUUAACUCGUCCACCAUAUCGUGAUGGCAAAAAAUUACGCGCUGUCAAAGUUUACACCAUAGCUCAAGAAUCGAAAUAUCUUCUUGUACAAAAUAUUCCAUCGGUCCGCGGAGUUAUCGAACAACUACUACCCUAUUUUAGUCAAUAUGGAAAACUUGAACAAUAUUGGAGAUUAGAUGGAUACGAACGAAUAGAUUCAAGUACUGAUGAUGCAUUUUUUGAUACAGUGUUAAUUAAAUUUCUACAGAUACAACAAGCACGUUAUGCUAAAUUUCGUUUGGAUGACAUUAAUUUUAUGGGAUCAAAUUUGCAUAUAUGUUAUGCACCGGAAUGUGAAAAUGUUGAUGAUUUAAGAGAGAAAUUUAAUGAACGAAGAACGAUUGUACAACGUAAAGGUCUAAUGAAUAAAUAUGCAAAAGGAAGAAAACGAUCCAUCAGUAUUCUUGGACAAAAACUACCCAAGAAACAAUCGACAUUUAUGUAUCAACAAUCUACUCUUAUUCCAAAGGAGCAUUCCGAUGCUGUAAAUACAACUGAAUCUUCAUCGGCGAAAUCAUUUGAACGAACAACGAAUGAAAUUCGUAGUAAAAUACGUGAAAUUGUGACGAAAUCUAAUUUAAUUCCUCUUGCGUUACAGCGAGAGAUUAAAAAGAAAAAAAGAUUGCAAAUAUAA